ACACACACACACACACACACACACACACACACACACACACACACACACACACACACACACACACACACACACACACACACACACAUUCCAGCUCACAUACCAGUAUCAGGGAGACCCGCAGUCCCGACACUCAGAGACCUGGAUUGAAGGACGCAGUGUAGAAAGACAGGAAGUGAAAGUGUUCCAGCAGGAAGUCGUGGUGGACGCCGGUGAUUAGCGAUGACGUCCCACUGACACCGAACAUCACCACGAGUCUUUCACAGCCUUGUGUUGACAUGGCAACAGGAAGGAAAAGCUCCGCAUCCAAAGGUGGAGGCGUCCACUUCCCGGACGAGAUGGACGACGAUGUCCUUAGUGAGAGCGGUGAGGACACGCAGCAGGAUAAGAUCAUCACUGCUGUAGCCGAGCCUGAUGGAGCUUACAUGGUCAAGGCCGGAUUCCUAAAAAGCCACCAUAAAUAUGAGAUUAUCUUCUUGAUCCCACACGUCCCCUCUCUGGGGAAGGACACGUCUCUCUCUCCGGCGUUACGCACCACGCCCAAACCCCGCCUGCGUGCCACCCGCAUCGCCCGUCGUCCUGAAGGAGGAGUGAAGGUGGUGUGUGAGUACAGUGCUCAGCAGGAAGGAGUGGUGCAGGAGGAGCUCACACUCGUCAACAGAAGCAGGAGAGACAGCAGCGUUAGAGUCCGAGUUCAGGCCAGAGUGAUGGACCGCCAUCACGGAACCCCCAUGCUGCUGGAGGGAGUGCGCUGCUUGGGGACUGAGGAAAUCACUUCAAAAGCCAAUGACAAAAAGAAGAUCUGAGCAGUUUCUUCUUUCCUACAGAUCACAGCAGCAUGGACUGAGAGGAAUAAAUAAACUCAGAGAACAUGGUUCAGAACACACUUGACUCUUCAUCAUGUCUUUUGCUGAUCCUGAAUAAAAACAAUUGAUUCUGAUUCUAAUUAUUCCCAAAAAAUGACAGAUGUCAAGACUUUCUCUCAAGAUUAGAAUUUGCUUCUCUCUUGUUCAGCAGGACUGUGUUUGAAUCAGUGCAUCAUUUUGUCAUGACUGAGAUUCCCUCCUCUUGUUCAGCCAGUCGAUUAUGUGUAAGCUGUGGCUGAGGUCCUUUGGUCAUUUCUCUGCAUGCAGUAGUACAGUGUGUGUAAAAAAUGAAUUAUUUUAAACACUCACACAUCACCAUAUAACCCAAAUAUCACAAAAUAGCAUUAAUUCUCAUUGUUUGUUCUUAUUUUGGGUUUCACUUGAAAGAAAGUUAAGUAAAGUCAUGUUCAUAUGAAUGCAUGUUUUACACAAACUUUAACAUAUAAUGCAUUUUAACAAAGACUUCUUAUUAGAGUUAUUAUAGUUAUCCAGCAAUACUUUUCAUUUAUUUGUAAUGUGUUUCUAAUUAUUUUAAACAUAAACAGCCAGAAAGACAUAGAUCAUGA